UGGAAAGGCGCACCCUGAGUGGAGGACUUCCCACUGCUUAAAGAAUGAUUGACUACCUGCACUCCAUGAUGUCGGUGGCUCUUUCGCCUCUGGGACUGCUCCGCUCUGCACAAAGAGGUAACUGCACUUUUGUGAGAUUAUAAAUAUACCACGGAGGGUAACGAAACUACAGAAGAAUGGAAGAAGACAGCCUGGAAGACUCAAACCUUCCUCCAAAAGUUUGGCAUUCUGAGAUGACGGUGUCAGAGACAGGCGAACCACCUAGUACUGUAGAAGAAGAAGGAAUACCCAAAGAAACAGACAUAGAAAUCAUCCCAGAAAUCCUGGAAACCCUAGAGCCACUGUCCCUUCCAGAUGUGCUGAGGAUCUCGGCAGUUCUGGAGGACACCACAGACCAGCUCUCUAUUCUAAACUACAUCAUGCCCAUUCAGUACGAAGGGAGACAGAGCAUCCGCAUGAAAAGCAGAGAAAUGAAUCUAGAAGGAACGAAUCUAGACAAACUUCCAAUGGCCUCAACUAUCACGAAAAUACCCAGUCUGUUAAUAACUGAGGAAGGACCCAACUUGCCGGAAAUCAGACACAGAGGCCGGUUCGCUGUGGAGUUUAACAAAAUGCAGGAUCUUAUCUUCAGAAAACCUUCAAGGCAGACCAUCGUGACUACGGAGACUCUGAAGAAAUUCCAGAUUGAAAGGCAGUUUUUCAGCGAUGUGAUUGCAGAUACCAUUAAGGAGUUGCAAGAUUCGGCCACUUACAACAGUCUCCUGCAAGCUUUGAGCAAAGAGAGGGAAAACCAAAUGCACUUCUAUGAUGUCAUUGCCAGGGAGGAAAAAGGAAGAAAACAGAUAAUAUCACUUCAAAAACAGCUAAUUAAUGUCAAAAAGGAAUGGCAAUUUGAAGUCCAGAGUCAGAAGGAGUAUAUUGCUAACCUCAAGGACCAACUGCAAGAGAUGAAGGCAAAAUCCAACUUGGAGAAUCGCUACAUGAAAACCAAUACCGAGCUGCAGAUUGCCCAGACCCAGAAAAAGUGUAACAGAACAGAGGAACUCUUGCUGGAAGAGAUUGAGAAACUAAGGAUGAAAACUGAAGAAGAGGCCCGGAUUCACACAGAGAUUGAAAUGUUCCUGAGAAAGGAGCAGCAGAAACUUGAGGAGAGGCUAGAGUUCUGGAUGGAGAAAUAUGAUAUGGACACAGAAAUGAAACAGAAUGAACUAAAUGCUCUCAAAGCCGCAAAGGCCAGUGACUUAGCACACCUUCAAGACCUGGCAAAGACGAUAAGAGAGUAUGAACAGGUCAUCAUUGAAGAUCGUAUAGAAAAGGAGAGGAGCAAGAAGAAGGUAGAACAGGAUCUCUUGGAAUUAAAGAGCGUUAUAAAGCUCCAGGCCUGGUGGCGAGGCACUAUGAUACGGAGAGAAAUUGGUGGUUUCAAGAUGCCUAAAGACAAAGUUGAUAGCAAGGAUUCAAAAGGCAAAGGUAAAGGCAAGGAUAAGAGGAGAGGCAAGAAGAAGUGACCUGUUGUUUCCUGACUUUUUAAUGAUGGCCAUUCUAACUGGUGUGAGAUGGU